GUCUACCCCACCACGCAGGCGCAUCUCCUUAAAUCCUGUCCCUACCCCCCUCCUCUUUCUCUGCAUUUCGUUCCCCCUCCUCUUCCAGCACCUCAGCAGGUUCAAACUCUUCUCCCUGAGGGUGGAGGCGAUCGAGAGGUCACGUGAUGAGCAUCCUGCUGCCCAACAUGGCGGAGUUCGACACGAUCUCGGAACUAGAGGAGGAGGAAGAAGAAGCGGCAACGUCGUCGUCGUCGCCGUCGUCGUCGUCGUCGGUAUCGGGGCCCGACGAUGACGAGGAAGAUGAGGAGGAGGAGGAAGAAGAGGAAGAGGAGGAGGAAGAAGAGGAGCAGGUGGAGGAGACGCCGCCUCCGCCUCGGGUAGUGAGCGAGGAGCAUCUGCGGAGAUAUGCCCCCGACCCUGUAUUGGUGCGGGGCGCCGGCCACAUCACUGUGUUUGGCUUGAGCAACAAGUUUGAUGCUGAAUUUCCCUCAGUUCUAACAGGGAAGGUGGCCCCAGAAGAAUUUAAGACCAGCAUUGGCCGUGUGAAUGCAUGUUUGAAAAAGGCUCUCCCAGUCAAUGUGAAAUGGCUGCUGUGUGGUUGUCUCUGCUGCUGUUGCACACUGGGUUGCAGCCUGUGGCCCGUUAUUUGUCUCAACAAAAGAACCAGAAGAUCAAUUCAGAAGUUGUUAGAAUGGGAAAAUAACAGAUUGUAUCACAAGCUUGCUUUGCACUGGAAGUUGACUAAAAGGAAAUGUGAAACUAGCAAUAUGAUGGAGUAUGUAAUACUAAUAGAAUUCUUACCAAAAUAUCCCAUAUUCCGACCUGACUGAGGGAUUUUAUUGUCACUUCUGUAUUACCUGUCAUUUCCUACCCUUAGUGCCUUGUAGAUGAUUUUGGAAUGAAGAUGGUCUCCUUUGCUGUGUUCAAAUUAUUCUUUAUAAUGGUAGAAUAUUCUCCUCACACUUUCAUUUGUGAUGGUUUAAAAAGAAAUUUUGCACAUCUUUUUUGUUGUUAAAUGAGGUUUGUGUUUUGCACUGUCUAUUUUUAAAUAAAUACACGCACAUACAUAUAUGUAUAUAUAUAUAGUUGCCACUGAAAAUAAACAUCAGUGCUGGUGUUUAAAAACAAAAACAUGUUCUCAGCAUGCUGCCUUAUAAUUUUCAUACUCACUAUUUCUAAAUAUGCAUCAUUUUUCUAGGCUACUUAAUGCUCUGUAAUCCCUUACUGGACAUAUGUAAAUAAGCUUUUGGUAGCUUUUAGAAAUGAUUUUACUCUUACCUGCUUUUAAAGGACAUGCAAUUAAUAGCACUGGUUUUGUCCUGCACUUUGCUAAAUUAUCACUUAUGUUAGUGGAUAAAAUAUUUAAACUCCUAAAGACUUGUAAAUAUUGUCUCUUUGCAUAAAGUAAAAUGUGAUAUGCCAUGGUUUACAGGAUGUAAUGUUACUCUUAAUGUAUUGCCAGCGAUUCUGCAUAGAUUUUAAUUUGAAUGAAGUUUGCAAGCAUCCUUUUGAAUGUAUAGACUGUUAACAUGCUGUUUUAUGGCAAAUCCAUAAUAAGUAUGUUAAAUUUCAGGUGUGGACAGGGUUGCCCUUUGUAAUGAGUGGAUUAAAAUUGAAAUCAUUGUCUGAAAUCUUCUGCAUUGCACCUGAAACCAACCGAGAACCUUAUUUUUUUUCCAUUUAAUUGAAUAAAUCCAAUUUUGCCCUCCACUGCCACCCCCAAAAGAAAUCAUUUGACAUCUGCCACAUUUCACAGCCUUAGUCUCCUCAUUUAUUUCCCUUUAUGUAUCUUUUCCUUCAUUUGGAAAUACACACAAUCAUGACCUUUAAGAAUGUUUCAAAAUUUCAGAUGUCUUAGGAGGUGUUUAGACUCCCCAUGAGAGCCACCGCUAACCAUUUUCUGUAGUUAUGAUAAUCUACUUUGAGAAAGAGCUGUACCUAAAGUAGCUGAUUCAUAAUUGAUUAAAUACUCUUUAUCCUGUUUUUGAGGAUCCUUAGUAAACAUUUGGAUAUUAUUAAUGAGGAAAGAUAAGUAUUUAGACAAAACUAUUUUAGUUUAUAAAUUAGCCACACAUGUAGCCUUUUCAUUGGUAUGUGCAUAUUUCUCUAUUUCU